GGCCCCCAGCGAGCUCACUCAUUGCAGCGGGUGUGUCAGUGUUUGGGAAAGUGGCUAGGACAUCCUGACAAGUUUGUGGGCAUUACCUACGUCCUGACCAUCAUCUGGCUCCUGGUCUUCGCCUGCUCUGCGGUGCCCGUCUACAUCUACUUUAACACUUGGACUACCUGCCAGUCCAUUGCCAACCCCAGCAAGACCUCGGCCAGCAUUGGUACCCUGUGUGCAGAUGCCAGGAUGUACGGCAUCCUGCCCUGGAAUGCUUUCCCUGGCAAGGUGUGCGGCUCCAACCUGCUCUCCAUCUGCAAGACCAGCGAGUUCCAGAUGACUUUCCAUCUCUUCAUUGCGGCCUUCGUGGGGGCAGCCGCCACCCUGGUCUCACUGCUCACCUUCAUGAUCGCCGCCACAUACAACUUUGCUGUCCUCAAGCUGAUGGGCCGAGGCACCAAGUUCUAGCCCACGCGGUGGAGACCAGCCAGACCAAAUGCCCUUCUUUUCUCUAACCCCAAGGCUUUAACACUGCAGCCACCUGACACCAGGUCUCCUGCGUUAACUCUGUCUUCACCGCUGACUCCCCUCCUCUUCCUCCCUCGCAUCCAUCGUGCUGAGCGUGACCAGGAAGGAGAGCUUCCCACCAACGGACACCUCUUCAUGCACUUUUCUCUCUCUGCUCAUCUGUAACCGGUUCACUCUAGGGCCAAGCCUGUUAAAACCAGACAGAGAAGAGGAGGGACUGACUUACAUCAGUUGUCCUGAUGUUGCCUAGGGAUGAGCAAAGGCCUUCAUGCUUCUGGGAGGAGAAAUCCAUAUAGGUUGCUCCAUUAGUAGCAAAAGGAUACCCAGAGAGAAAAGGAAGUUGGCCCAGUCCUGGUACCAUUGCUAGAGACUCUCCUGGAGCUGUCUGCUGUCACCACCCAUGGAUGGAGAAUAAGAGAAGGAUUUUUUUUUUUCUCCUUAGCAAGGAAAGAUGAAUUUACCCCAAAUUGCCUGCUGCAGCCAAGGCAAAGGGAGUUUAGGGCAAGGAUCUUCCCACUGUGGAGAAGAGAGCACUGACCCCAAUGCUGAUAAAGCCC